GCGCAGCAGUCUACGACAGGGAAAGUGUCAGUUUGCAGUGAAAAAAAUCUAGUCAGAGGAAAAUGCAAUUUUCCCAGUGAAAACCCUCGGGAAGAGGUGCUAAAAUACCCCAAAUCCACAGAUAAACCAUGGAGAAGCACCACAGGCAUAAAAGUGCGGGGGUGAAGAAUGAAUGUGUCCAGGUUGUGGUGCGAUGUCGUCCGCUCAGCAACAAGGAAGAAUCUGGCAACUACCAGAAAGUGGUGGAAGUCUUUCCAACACGGGGAGUUGUUGAGAUUCAGAAUCCUUCGGAAGUGUCCAAGGAGAACCGGAAGAUGUUCACGUAUGAUGCUGUCUACGGGCCAAAUGCCACUCAGCAGAACAUCUACGAUGAGACAGUGAGGCCAUUGGUGUCUUCUGUGCUGGAGGGAUUCAAUUGCUGUGUCUUUGCGUACGGGCAAACAGGAACGGGGAAGACGUACACGAUGGAGGGCGUUAGGGGCGAUCCGGAAGACAAGGGUAUCAUUCCGAGGGCUUUUGAACAGAUCUGGGCUCACAUUAAUCGUGCCCAGAAUAUGAAUUUCCUCGUGGCAGCUUCGUAUCUUGAGAUUUACAUGGAGGAACUCAGAGAUCUCCUGAAGCCCUCCAAUCGUGGGGGUCUGGAGCUGAGGGAGAGGGAGAAUGUUGGGGUGUAUGUACCCAAUUUGCAUUCAGUGCUGUGCAAGAAUGUAGAUGACAUGGUCAGUGUGAUGAAUCAGGGCAACAAAAAUAGAACUGUCGGCUAUACCAACAUGAAUGAGCACAGUUCUCGCUCCCAUGCCAUCUUCCUCAUCAAGAUCGAGAUGUGUGAACUGGAUAGCAAUACCGUGAAAGUGGGAAAACUCAACCUAAUCGAUCUGGCAGGAAGUGAGAGGCAAUCGAAAACUGGAGCAACAGCUGAACGUCUCAAGGAAGCCAGCAAAAUCAAUCGUGCUCUCUCAUCUCUGGGCAAUGUCAUCUCGGCCCUGGCUGAGAGCUCUCCUCACAUUCCCUAUCGCGAUUCAAAACUCACGCGAUUGCUUCAGGAUUCCCUGGGAGGCAAUUCCAAGACCAUCAUGAUUGCCAAUAUCGGUCCCAGCGAGUACAAUUACAAUGAAACACUGACCACUCUCAGGUAUGCCAGCCGCGCCAAGACCAUCCAGAACAAGCCAGUGAAGAAUGAGGAUCCGCAGGAUGCCAAGCUCAAGGAGUAUCAGGAGGAGAUUGAGAGGCUGAGGCAGUUGAUUGAAGAGAGGCAGAAACGCGAGAGAAGCCUCUCCAGGAAGCGCAAACAGAAGAAGCCCAAAAGCUUCCAUGAAUACAACAAAGAGGACGAGGAUGAAGAUGAGGAGGAAUACGUGAGUGGAGAGGAAAAUAGCAAGGACAACGAUCUGCUCCAGAUGGCCGACAAAGAAUCCAAGGAGAAAAUUCUGCGGGAACGAGAAGUAACCAUGCAGCUGGCCAGCAAAUUGCAGGAAUUGGAAAGUCAAUUGGUGCGUGGUGGUCGAAAUAUAUUGGAUACUUACACUGAGCGCCAGAUGGAGCUCGAACGGAAGCUGUCAGAGAUAGCUGAGCGGAAGAAGCGCGAAGUGGAGAUGCAGCAGCAACUGGAGUUGCAGGAGGAGACAACUCUGGAGAUCCGGGAAACGGUUACGUCGCUGCAGCAGGAAGUUGACGUGAAGACGCGCAAACUGAAAAAGUGCUAUGCCAAAUGGGUGGCUCUCAAGCAGGAACUCGUGGAUACGCGUGAGGAACACAAUCGUGACAGGCGAGAGCUCGAGAUGACCCAGAAUGAGUUGAUUAAGGAGCUGAAGAGGCUGCUGCUGAUUAUUGAUAAUUUCGUGCCGGCGGAAGUGAAAUCGAGGCUAACGACUCAGGCGAGGUACGAUGAGGAGCAGGAAGAAUGGAAUUUAUGCCCGGUGAUUGGGAUGGAUGGGCAACAGCUGAGACGUCCUGUAGCGCAGGCGACUAGAAGGCGUCCAGUUUCGGAAUUUGCACUGCAGCAAAUCCGUCGAGGUGGAGGAGGAGGAAGUGGAGAUAGUUUGAGGUAUCGAGGAGAGAAUAUUUUGUCCCAUGAACUGGAUAUGCCCCUAAGGACGACCUUUGAGUAUCGGAAUCCCAAGGUUUCGGCUUCUCUGCAGGCUGUCCUGGCCGAAGCUAUGCAGACUGAGGGGGAUCUGGACAUCUCCACUGACCAGAGCAACUACACCAGUCAAGUGAAGUCGCGUCUGGAUAAGAUUAUCAAUCGCAAUGUGAACAAUCCUGAGCCCGUGGCCUCUCAGCCAUCAGCAGCAUCCCGUGCGAGAUCCUCAAGACCAGAAACAGCCGCCGGGACGCGCUCUCUCAGCGCCAAGAGGUCCACGUCGGCCUAUCCCAAAGCCAGAGGACUGAUUCCUAAGUAGACACAACACCCCAAAAAAGCUAACAUGAGCCUACUCUAAUCGUGCAAUUUUAACCCCGCCCCCUUUCUCAUCACACAUCCUUUCCUUCGUCGCAAGGUAAGUCAACUCACUUUUCAUUUCUUUCCCCCCUUUUCCCACAUUUCUUUUGGUGCAUUUUGCAAUCUCAAAGGUGAUUUUUUGAGGCUACAUUUACUAGUACUUAAUUUUUUUUUGCCUCUAAAGACUUUAUUUAUUGUUCAUUAUUCACAUCUAUUUAAUCUUCUUAAUAUAUAUAUAUUUUCUCAUUGAAAAAAUAAUGAGAAAUUGUGUGAAAGUUUACCAAUAAAAGCUUCUAAGAUAA